AUGGCGUCGAUUGAAAUCCCGCCUGAGGAUCGGCAACACAUCGACUACCUCGCCGAUCUUUUUGCCGUCAUUAUUGCCAUCGAACAGAUCGAGAAGGCCAACCGUCGAGACCUCAUCAAUCAAGAUCAAUAUGACUCCACAGUUCGUAGGCUUCUAGAGAAGUACAAGAAUACCGUUGCGCACCUGCAGGGCGCACGCAACCCGUACUUCACGACGAUCGAUGACUUCUUUGACAAGUACUGCGCGCGCUGCCUGGCGGCACGGGCGACAAUUCGGGACGGUCCGAUGAGCAGCCCGAACGAAAAUAACGCUCGCUUUCUCGCGCGCCAGUCGGUGGAGUGUAGCGACCACUUCAUCACCUUGCUUGACUCUCUGCGGCUCCAGCAGACCUCCGUCGAUGUUCUUAACCCACCUCUCGGCGACCUUCUGCAAGUGUUGAGAAAGCUGAGCCUGAGCAAGGAGGACUUUUGCGUGCGCUUGCAGAAUUGGCAGCGACGUCUGGACAGCAUGAGCGCCGCGGACAUGUUGGACGAGUCUGCUGCGCGUGACUUCGCCUACGACCUAGAUCGCGGGUAUGCCUGCUUUAAGGCGUUCUUAGAGAAUGAUCCGACGCUUUCCAUGAGAAGGUAA